GGAAAUACAAGUUCUGUGCUACUAUCAUUCUCAAGGUCGUAGAGCGUUGUCUGUAUCAUAAUGUUAUUUUCCGAGCUAUUUUGGUUGAAAUCGCUAUUGACGACUUCAUGACUCAGAGGCAACUGCAGAUAUUUCAUAUAGCUUCUUUCAAAUGCAAUCGUAAACAAAUGCUUGUAUGCAGAAAUGGUUUAUUAAUCAACAGUAAUACUGUAUAUCUCAGUAUAAUUCCCACUAAGAUUCUCAAUGUUCAAUAUAUUGAAUGCUUAUGAUUUACUCACAGUAAAUUACCCACUCUUCCAGUUAAAGGGAAAUAUUGACCCUUACUGUCAAUGUCAAUCAGUUUUCGUCUCUGUUCACAAUGAUCAUAAAAGAGAUUUGGAAUUGAAGUGGACUGUAUGCGAAUCAAUGUUCAAAGUAUUUGUCCCAUUGUCCAUAGGAUGUAAUACCUUGCAACUAAGGUGUGAACACCACCUCGCUGAGUUUCGAAUAGUGUAUGUACAUAAUCGUGACUCUCCAUAUACUAUCAGGCCUAUUUAUGUAAUAUGUUCUGAUGAUACUGGGUGGUUCCAAGCUCCUGCAGGAAUGGUUCCCACGAAAGAAAGUGCUUGUAAACGUAUUGGGCUAGGAAUUAGAUUGUUGCAAACUUUGACUGCAGAAGCUUUUCUGUCUGAACUUGGAAUGAGAUGCACUUUUUUAAUUAAGGAAGAACUCAGUCGUAAAUCAUCGCGAAAUAUUUCAGACUGGUCUUCCGAAGCCUGUUGUAAUUGUCACUACUCAAGUCUCAGUAAAACGUUUGUUAAUAGUAAUACUCCCGAAGAUGUGUGGAAGAAGUUGGCAUACGAGCUCUACGAAAAAUAUCCUCAUAACUUCGAGAACACAAAAUGGGUUGCUUUUAUGGCUUGUACACGUUAUCACCCUCCCAAGAAAAUUAAUUCCGAAUUCCUGAGUUACAAUGAAAUACUUCUUCGGACAACAGCUCAUUUCGCUCUCGGAACAGGGGGUUUAGCCUUACUUGGAACGGGGACUUUACAUGCUUGGCCAGAAACGCUUAAAGAUUUGCAGGUAGUUUUGGGUAAUACAAGAAUUGUUGAUCCAACAUUGAUGGAUGACACUGCUUAUCGACACACUUACUGGGCGGCUUUUGCUACAGGAUUGGGUGCUGUUUGGCAUGAAUUAGGUCAUUGUUUCGGACUGGAACACUAUCCCCAGGGUAUAAUGUUUCGUGGUGAUGAUAUUAAUUUAUGUCUUGGAUUUCCACCUCCUGAUUCUGUUUGUCCACAUGAAUCCAAUAUGAAUGGUAAAUCUGUCCAAGCUGCAGAUCGAUAUGAUAGUUCGAAUCCUGAUAAUAGACACAGAAGAGACCUUUGUCAAAUUCAACCCCCGAAGUCAAUGUCCCGUGCUAUACAAUUUCAUCGCAUAGUGCAAUUUCAUCCAAUAAAGUCUCGUUUACAUUCCUCGGAUCAAACCACAAAUGAAGAAAUGAAAUUUAAGCGAUGGGGAUUUUGUAAGUCUUUAUGGCAUCAAGGUUCUGCUUUUUGGGGAACAAAGGCACUUUCAAAGCUACUUUCAUGUCCAUGGAUCAUCGAAACACCAACUUUAGAUAAAGACAAACUACCUGUUCAGAAAUGACUUUAGUUAUAACAGACGAUUUCUUCCAUUUUAAAAUUCCCUUUGUCCAUAUAUGUAAAUCCCAUGUAAAUUACAAGUGUAGUGUAAAUUAUUAUGUUGAAUUUUGUAUAAUUAAAAAUUGUACAUUGA